CUUUCAAAUUUCAAUGGUGUUUUCAGGCAAUCAAGGCUAUUUUCCUUUUUAGAUCUGCUCAUCCAUUUCACUUCUCUCAUAAAAACCCAUGUUUUUUCAUUCAAAUCCCAUCUUUUGAGCCUUAUCUGAUCUGGGUCUUCUUCAAAAUCACAGGAAAGAUUGGAAAGAUAGUAUCUUUUGUAGAUCUGCAUUCUCAAUCCUCUGUUUUUUUGCAGGAAACCCAUAAAAGGUCUGAUUUUUGUUGGAAAGAUCUGAGCUUUUGGUAAUGGAGAGACUGGUGGGAACUGUUGUGGCGGUUUUAUUAUUGGUUUCUGUUUUGAAAGUUGGAGCAGAUGGGUCAGAUCACAAGUAUAAAGAGAGAGAUCAUGUCCCUUUGUAUGCUAACAAAGUGGGCCCCUUUCACAAUCCAAGUGAGACGUAUCAAUAUUAUGAUCUGCCACUGUGUUCACCAGAGCAUGUGAACGAGAAGAGGGAGGAUCUUGGGGAAGUUCUGAAUGGCGACCGCCUAGUUGAUGCGCCAUAUCAUUUGGAUUAUCGGGUGGACAAGCAGACUGAAACCAUCUGUAAGAAAAGGCUGCCAAAAGAAGAUGUUGCAAAGCUGAGGGUUGCCAUUGAGAAGGACUACUACUUUGAGAUGUACUACGAUGACUUACCCUUUUGGGGAUUCAUUGGGAAGGUUGACAGGGAGAACAAAAUGGAUCCGAGCGAGUAUAAGUAUUUGCUCUUUAAACAUAUUCAUUUCGAUAUUCUCUACAACAACGACCGCAUUAUAGAAAUAAAUGUUCAGACCGACCCCAAUCUAACUGUUGACAUUACGGAAGAUAGUGAUAUAGAAGUCGAAUUCUCAUAUUCGGUGAAGUGGAAAGAAACCGACAUCCCUUUUGAGAAGAGGAUUGAGAAGUACUCGAAAUCUUCCUCGAUGCCCCAGCACUUGGAAAUCCAUUGGUUCUCGAUCAUAAACUCAUGCGUGACGGUCCUCCUUCUAACUGGGUUUCUUGCUACGAUUCUCAUGCGCGUCCUAAAGAACGACUUCAUUAAGUAUUCGCACGAUGAUGACUCGGUCGAUGAUCAUGAAGAGACGGGAUGGAAAUAUAUUCAUGGAGAUGUCUUCCGUUUCCCAAAGCACAAAUCUUUUUUUUCAGCCAUUAUUGGAUCGGGAACUCAGCUAUUUGCACUUGCAAUUUUCAUCUUCCUUCUCGCGCUAGUUGGGGUGUUUUAUCCAUACAAUAGGGGAGCUCUUUUCACCGCUUUGGUUGUCAUUUAUGCUCUUACCUCCGGCAUUGCAGGCUACACUGCAACAUCCACUUAUUUGCAACUAGAAGGAACUAACUGGGUGAGGAAUUUGUUGUUAACGGGCUGCUUGUUCUGCGGGCCCUUGUUCUUGACAUUCUGCUUCCUUAACACCGUCGCUAUCGCAUACAGUGCCACUGCAGCCUUACCGUUUGGUACAAUCUUGGUGAUUCUUCUCAUCUGGAUGUUAGUAACUUCUCCACUGCUUGUAUUGGGCGGUAUUGCGGGUAAGAAUAGCAAGACCGAGUUCCAAGCUCCAUGUCGCACGGCAAAGUACCCAAGAGAAAUUCCCGAGUUGCCAUGGUAUAGAGGAACCAUCCCCCAGAUGGCCAUGGCUGGUUUUCUGCCCUUCAGCGCCAUCUAUAUUGAGCUCUACUACAUAUUUGCUAGCGUGUGGGGUCACAAAAUCUACACCAUAUAUAGCAUCCUUUUCAUCGUUUUCAUCAUUCUUAUUAUCGUCACAGCAUUCAUCACAAUCGCGUUGACGUACUUUCAGCUUACUGUUGAGGACCAUGAGUGGUGGUGGAGAUCUAUUCUUUGUGGAGGCUCUACCGGCGUAUUUAUCUUUGGCUACUGCUUAUACUACUACUAUGCUAGAUCAGACAUGUCCGGCUUCAUGCAGACAUCCUUUUUCUUCGGUUACAUGGCUUGCAUUUGCUAUGGAUUCUUCCUCAUGCUUGGGACUGUUGGUUUCCGCGCUUCCUUGCUGUUUGUGCGACACAUCUACCGUUCGAUCAAGUGCGAAUAGUGGCGUCGCCGUGCAUGUGGCCAGUGCACAUUGUAGCGAUAGCAGUAAUGGUAACCGAUGAGCAUUUUCUUUUGAUUAUGUAAUCCAAUGGUGAAGAUUAACAUCAUGAUUUUUUGGAGAAAUGUAUCAUGGACUUUUCGACGAUUGUGAUGUGAGGCCAUUUUUUUGUCGACGGAUGAACGUAAUCGAUCUCGUGAUGGAAGUUAAGGUUCACAGUGGUGUAUGCUGUCCUGAAAUUGUAAAAGAAAUGACAAUGUAUCACUGCUAUUCAUAUUAUCAGGUAAGUGGGUUAAAGCAUCA